CCCCGUGCAAACCCCCCAAAAUCAAUAAAAUGCACUGGUUUCCUACACAACCUUCGUUGCACCCUCUAAUACCUGAACUUUCCUCAACAGCACCAAAUCCUGAGCACCAGAUUCCGACAGAGGGCAAUGAAGUGCGGAUUGUCCUCGUGGGGAAACCAGGAGCAGGAAAAAGUGCCACAGGAAACACCAUUCUCGGGCGGGAGGCAUUUGAGGUUGGCACCGUGACGAGAUCCUGCCAGUUAGGAAUCAGGGAAUGGAAGGGAAAGCGGCUAGUCCUCAUUGACACACCUGCUGAUUUUGACCUGGGGAGUGGCACAGCCAAGGAUUCCCCUGACUCCCAGCACUGCCUCCGUCUAUCCAGACCAGGACCACACGCUUUGUUACUGGUCACCCACCACUGUGGCGAUGCAGACUAUAAGGCAGUAGAAUGGAUUCAGGAGAUAUUUGGCUGCGAAGCCAUGAAGUACAUGAUUGUCGUGCUCACUAGGGAAAAACUGGACGACGCAACUUUGGAGGAACAUCAAUCUCUCCCAGAAUACCAACGCCUUCAGAACAUGGCUGGUCACUGCGAUUUGCAGUGGUUCUCGGUCAACAACCACAACCAAAACGAGAGGGAGACGCAGGCUGAGGAACUGCUCUCCUUGGUGAAGGUCAUGGUGGAGAAGAACAAGGGGAAGCCCUUCUGCAGGCCUGAAAGGGUUGGGAGUCCUACGUCGAUCCCAAAUGAAAAGGACCUUUCUGGGCACCCACCAGAGGAAGAGAAGCCGCAGGAGGCCGUGGAGAUUCCAGGAACUGAGGGGUCCGGAGUGGGAGGAGGAGAGAGCCCCCCUGUUCAAACAACAUUAACAGAUGCAGCUGAUCCCGUUUCAGCAGAGCAAAAGGAACUUUGCAUCGUCAUUGUCGGAAAGUCCGGGGUUGGCAAAAGUGCGACUGGAAACACCAUCCUUGGGAAAAAGAGGUUUGACUCCAGGCUUCAAAUGACCCCAGUUACAAAGUCUUGCUGGUUAGGAAUAAGAGAGUGGAGGGGGAAGCAGGUAGUUGUCAUUGACACGCCUGCGAUUUUUGACUCUGAUGGAGCCAGAAAUUCUACUGAGAUUGAGCACUGCCGACGUCUCUCCAAGCCCCGCCUGCAUGCUCUGGUUCUGGUCGUCCCAGUGGGCCGAUUCACAGAGGAAGACCACCAAGUGGUGCAGCGGGUGAGGGAGACAUUCAACAGUAGCGACGACCAGGAGCGCAUGGUGGUUGUCUUCAGCCACAAAGAAAGGUUGCAGAAUGAAAGAUUGGAAGAUUACAUAUCUUCCAGUGACAACAAAAACUUUCAGGAACUGAGGGAUCAGUGUGGUGGACGGUUUUGCAGUUUCAACAACAAUGAAACAGGAGACCAGCUUGCAGCCCAAGCUGAGGAAUUGCUCUCCAUGAUUGAGGAGAUGGCAGAGAAAAAUCAAGGCGAUCCUAAGAUGACAAAGUUGGACAAAGUUGCUGAGGCAAAUGCAUAAAGAACAUACUCUGGUUUUCUCCCGCUUGGACUAGUGCGCUCUGUGUGGAGCUACCUUUGAAGGUGACUCAGAAACAACAACUAAUCCAGAAUGCGGCUGCCAGACUGGUGACUGGUGACAUUUCAGAUGCGCCAAUAAAUGCAGAACACAGCGGCCAAGGUUUUCACUUCGCGCAGCUCACUUGGAAAGAGCAUCACUGAGUACCUAUCCAAAUCUGAACCCUUUUCAAAGCACUGGCGUUUACCUUUAGGAAAUUGGGGGUCAAAGGCAUGGAUAAGGUCAUCCAAGGUCAUCUAAGGAGGUCCUUCUUCUCUUCAUGCCUCCCCUGCUAAGAACCUUAAGAAGAGCUCUGCAGGAUCAGGCCCAAGGGAGCAGUCCAGCAGUCUCUCCCCACAAUGAUUGACCAGAUGCGCCCGAAUGAAGCCCACAAAGAGCAUGGACUUUGCCUCAAUAACUGGGAGCAGCAAUGACUCUGAAUCCUGAAGAAGUGUGCAUGCACACAAAAGCUCAUACCAAUAACAAACUUAGUUGCUCUCUAAGGUGCUACUGGAAGGAAUUUUUUAAUUUUGUUUCAACUAUGGGAGACCAACAGGGCUACCUACCUAUAAUCUGAAUCCUAGCUGCUGGAAGCCACAGGAUAGAAAUCAGAUCCUGCUUGCUGGUUUCCUACAGGCCAGAAGGUUUCAACCUUUUUGAGUCCACAGCUCCCUUGACCAACCUUCUUUCUGUGGCCCCCCCUGUGGGGCUCAGGAGCCCAGUCAUGCCCCCCCUCGCCUGCAGAGCCAGAAGCCCCUCACCCUUUUUCAAACACCCUCCCUUGCGGAGUGUGCCCUCA